AUGAUCUCGAGACGCGACAAAUUGCUGCAGCAGCCCUGGGAGCAAUUGCGGUAUGCACAGCAUCGCGAGAAAGUGAUGUCCGCACGUCCGGCAAUUGAUACAAAGUCGCCACGCCAGCACGAUCAUGUCCAGCGCAAGUGGAAGAAGCAGCAGAACGAACGGGAACGCCAGCAGCAAAUUGAACGUGAAAAUCUCCGGCUGCUGCAGAAACUGGGUGACAUCAUGAGCAGCAAGCGUAUGAAUAAUCUGUGGCUACAACCCAGACCCAAUUUCCUAAAUCGAGAGAAACUAUUUCCAACGCGUCCGUACUCCAGCCUACCACAGAUUGUGACCGUUUACGGCGUGCCACCGCCAGGGCCAUUGAUCUAUGGCAUGCUGCCCAAGCCGACCGUUGUGGGCCGCUGUCCCACGUGCAGCGGCAAUCCGGAACGCACUCAGGUUGCCAUACCGGAGCAGCGCAUGCCAUGGGCGCUACCACGCAAAUCCUCGAGCCGCAAGAGCCAGCAGUUGGAGCUGCAACAACGUUGCUAUCACUGUGGCGGCGUCAAGAGUAUGGAGCGCAAGCUUUUCGAUGAUUACUCCUUUGACUACGAAUAACAAUCCAACAGGCAAAUUAAAACUAUAAAUUUAUUUA